UAUGACCAGCGUUAAAGAUUCAACUACUUCCGCUUGUACAGAAGCAACACAUAAAUAUAUUAUAUAUACAGACCGGGUUAACCAGCAACAAAGGUAGAGUAGAGUAGCUACACACAGGGCGAGUUAGCAAGAGUAUCAGGAGAGAAGGAGAGUGUAGUUUCAGAGAGAGAGAUUUACUUAUCAGUGAGGAUUUGUAGUUAUGGUGAAGGCAGAGAAGGAGUUGAAAGGCAUCAGUGAUGAGUUGCAGAAGAUCUUGGAUGCCAAAAUGGACUAUGUCAAAGAGAGAAGGCGUGCAAGAGAUGCCUUCAAGAACAUUCAGCUCGGGAUUGAUCAUUGCUUAAUGAAGAUACCAUUUGAAGGACUGAAGAUAGAAGAGUCAUAUGAAGUCAAUUCUAGAGGCAUAGAAAUAUUUUCGAAAAGCUGGCUGCCAGAGAAUGCUAACCCCAGGGCACUGGUUUGCUAUUGCCAUGGUUAUGGAGAAACUUGCACUUUCGUAUUUGAAGGAGUUGCGAGAAAGUUGGCAUCAUCAGGCUAUGGAGUUUUUGCAAUGGAUUAUCCAGGUUUUGGCCUUUCAGAAGGUCUUCAUGGCUAUAUCCCAAGCCUUGAUAAGCUUGUAUAUGAUGUUGCAGAACAUUACUCCAAAAUCAAAGAGAACCCCAAGUUUCGUGGUCUUCCGAGCUACCUGUUUGGGCAGUCGUUGGGAGGAGCAGUAGCCCUGAAGGUGCACUUGAAACAACCAGAUGCUUGGAAUGGUGCCAUUGUUGUAGCACCUAUGUGCAAAUUUGCAGAUAAUAUGAUUCCGCCAUGGAUACUGGUUCAGAUUCUGAUCUGCAUAGCUCAUCUUUUUCCCAAGCUGAAAAUCGUUCCGCAUAAGGAUUUCGUUAAGAUGGCAUUCAGAGAUUUGAAAAAGCAAGAGCUGGCAAAUUAUAAUGUUAUUGCUUACAAGGAUACGGCGAGGUUGUGGACUGCUUUGGAGUGUCUCAGAACAACCCAAGAACUAGAACAAAGAUUAGAAGAGAUUUGUUUGCCGUUAUUAAUCCUGCAUGGAGAGGUGGAUGUCGUGACUGAUCCAUCAGUAAGUAAGGCGUUGUACGAGAAAGCAAGUAGUUCAGACAAGAAGCUUAAGCUUUACAAGGAUGCUUAUCAUUCUCUUCUUGAAGGGGAGCCUGACCACAUUAUUUUUCAAGUUCUUGAUGACAUUGUAUGCUGGCUUGAUGAGCAUUGCCACAAUAAUAUGUAAUAGUUUUUCUUUCUUCUUAAGAUUACAACAAAGGAAGAAAUUAAUUUUCCUUUUUUUUUAUUUUUUUUUUGAAAUUUAAUUUUUGACGAAAACAUAAUUAUUCUCUGCUUUUUUUAGAGAAUUAGAUUAUAAACGACAUAUUAAUUUUUAAAAUCUAAAAUAUUUUUGAUAUGUGUAUUUAAUUUUUUAAUGUAUAGAAUUUUUAUUUUGAUA